CGGAUUGCUGACAAUCUUACCAUAAACAAAGACUUGGCUACCCUCUCCUUCUCCCCCAUCAACUUGUGGACCAUCACCAUAUCAACUUUACUUAGAUGGAGGUUUUCUCUCAUUGUCCCCAACGGCUCCAUUGGCAUUCCUAUACUAUAUCUCUGUCUCAACCUCUUCGCAGAGCCAGUAGAAAAAGUACCCGGGCCUCUAGACCUGUCCGUUGAAUCGACCAUCGCCGUUUGCGAAACCGUAGUGGCAAGCCAAGAACUAUGGCGAUCGAGAUUGUUCCGCUGGCCCAGAGGGACAUACCUGGGGCUGUAGACUGUGUGCAGAAAGCAUUUUCGGAUGAUCCUUAUUUUCGAUGGGCAUUUGAUGAUCCAUCCAAGUUCAACAUCCAACGAAACGCAGCCUCCCUCGCGGCCCAUUUUCAAUACGGCAUUAACUGCGACUGCCCCAUAUAUAUCGCGAAAAUAACCCGUGCCGCGAAUGAGACGAAAAACGACCUCGAAGUCCGUUUACCACCCGGAACAGUGGUCGGAGUUGGCUGGUGGUAUUCGCCACAGGCUCCUUCAAGACCACAGACUUGGUCUGUCUGGGCUCAAGAAUGGCUUCUCUCUUUCCGCCAACUUACGAACAAUAUUCUCUUCUUUGGUCGUGGGGGUCUGAAUGUGCGCCGAUACUGGAUCUGGAAGCAGGUGCAACAAACCGCCCAUGAUUCUAUCUGGCAAGAUCCUCGUGGAUAUUACUUUUGCAAUGUUGUCGGUGUGAACUCCGAGGCUCGUGGCAUGGGCGUGGGAAAGAAGCUUAUGGAAUGUGUGAUGGAGAAGGCCGAUCAGGAGGGAAUGCCGUGCUACCUUGAAAGCUCUAAAGGAUAUCCCAAUGUGUGCAUCUAUGAAAAGAUGGGAUUCGAGCUCGUCAGGGAGAUUGAGUGUGUGGAUGGAGGGGAUGUUUGCAAGCUGUAUUGCAUGAUUCGUAGUCCCAAGUCCAAAUCUUAACAUUUCAAAGCAAGUUGUCUUCCGUAGGAGAAACAAGACAGGAGCUCUACGCGUGAGCGAUUGACAUGACAUGAUUUCUGAUGUUAGCACUUGAGUUCAAGCAUAUUGAUGGUGAUCAUUCUUAAUUAGCAAUGCCAG